AUGAUGCCCCGCCGACGGAGCCGUUAUGUGAUUCUUGUCGCUGUUGUGAUGGUCUUUAUGCUGUAUCAGGUCUUCAAAAAUCCUGAAUGGGAUUCCACAGGUCAAUCCAGCAGCAUCAAGCCCAGCGAACCCGAAAAGGGCCAAAACGUCCAUAAGGAUUCCUCGAAGCCACCCCCGGCCAACGAUCCCGCUUCCAACAAGCACCUCAACAACCAGCCGCCCCCCGAUAGCGAACAUCCCCACGACCAAGAGGAAGACGAGCCUGAGCAGAACCCUCAGAAGCAGACGGCCAAGCCCACUGUCAAGAUUCCUCAGCUCAAGACGGAGAAGGCCAAGGCGCCCACCAACACUCUCUCUGGCCCUACCCUUUCCAUCCACGCCUACAAUGACGAGGUAGAGGCCACCAAGUCGCCCGAGGUCACCAAGGCGCCCACAAAGCCUCUAGAGUUGGAAGAGGACCUCCAUGCCAAGAAGCCUCCCGGCCGACCCAACUUUGAUAUCGCCGAGAGCCUGUCGACCUCGACAUCACAGAUCCACUGGCACAAGGUCUCCGAGCACUUCCCCGUUCCAACGGACGAGAUUAUUCCCCUCCCCACCGGCAAGCCCAAAGACAUUCCCAAGAUCCAAUACGACUUCAAGCCAGAGUCCGAGGCUGCCAAGGACAAGCGCGAAAGGCGCCUAGCCCUGAUCAAGGCUGAAAUGCUACGGUCCUGGGGCGGAUACCGCAAGUACGCUUGGAUGCACGACGAACUUUCGCCUGUCAGCGGUCGUAACCGCGACCCCUUUUGUGGCUGGGCCGCUACUCUCGUAGACGGUCUUGAUACGCUCUGGAUCAUGGGCAUGAAGGAAGAGUUUGCCGAGGCCGUCAAGGCUGUCAAGGAGAUCGACUUCACCUACAGCCCGACGCGCCGUGACAUCCCGGUCUUCGAGACCACUAUCAGAUACUUGGGCGGCCUCCUCGCUGCUUACGAUGUGAGCGGCGGUAAAGAGGGCGGCUACACUGUCCUGCUGGACAAGGCCGUUGAACUCGCCGAAAUCUUGAUGGGCAUUUUCGACACCCCCAAUCGCAUGCCUAUCACAAGGGAACGCCAGGACAAAGUGCUCAGGAGCUCAACUACCAUCCUGGAAGCAACAAUCAAGAAGCCAACAGGCAAGUCCCCGGAUUCACUACUUUAG